GUUGGAGAUCGUCAACUCCCAUUAUCCUGUCCUCCCUCUGUCUCUCCUUCCUCCUCCUCCUCCCUCUUCGCACCAUGCGUUGAUCUCCUUCUCCCCACACUCUUUUCGUCUCUGUUUUCUUUCCGGCUUUCCUCUUCGUCACCGUCCUUUGAUCGUCUUCGAUCCGUCUAUUUACUCGUCCCUUUCCCUGCCCGAUCUAGCAGAUCCCCGGUACUGUGGGUAUAUCACCAACCAUGGCAACCUCAAUUCUCCCGUUUCGGGAUAUCAAUCUUCACGCCUCUGCCGCUCAUUACGCUUUUACUUCGCCCUCGUCGCCGAAUGCUCCUGCCCUGGUCGUUGACCGACCGACCGGUGAUCUGCGUCUGCACGAUGGCCCUCUGUCGGGCGCCAAACGUAUCUCCAGCAUUGCCGGAAUUCUGGGCAUGAUCAAACUGAAGCUCGACAAAUAUCUAAUCGUGAUCACCAAGGCCCAGCCGAUGGGUCGGUUACGCGGCCACAUGGUCUACAAGGUUGCCGGCACCGAGUUCUUGCCCCUUCGUGAACGCCCCCUGCAUGAUUAUGAUGAAGACACCUAUCUCGCGCUCCUCAAGGAACUCCUCCGCACCGGGCCAAUGUACUUCUCGUAUGCGUUGGAUCUUACGAACAGUUUCCAGCGCCAGUCGCAAAGCGAUGCUGCUCUCCCGAUGUGGAAGCGAGCUGAUGAUCGUUUCUUCUGGAACCGGUUCAUUCAGUCGGACUUCAUCGACUUCAGUGUAGGAGGACAGGAUAACACGAGUCUUCGCUAUGGCCCGCAGCCCGGAGUCGAUCCGUAUAUCUUGCCGGUGAUGUACGGCAUGCUACGGAUCACACCCGCGAAAAUCAAAUCAACUUCGUUCACCUUUGCGCUCAUUACGAGACGGUCUCGUCAUCGGGCUGGUACCAGGUAUUUCUCUCGGGGUAUAGAUGACAACGGCAAUGUCUCGAACUACAACGAGACCGAGCAGAUUGUGAUCUUGAACGACACCGCCGGCGGCCUGGCCGGGUUUGCGGGGGGGCAGUCCAUGAAAGAGAAGCCCGGUGUGUCGGGCCACGACCUCCAGGUAAUGGCAUUUGUUCAAACCAGAGGAAGUGUGCCGGUGUAUUGGGCCGAAGUCAACAAUCUCAAAUACACCCCCAAGAUCCAGGUUCGUGGUGUAGAAACGGCCAUCGAUGCUGCCCGAAAGCAUUUUACCGAUCAAAUUCGACUGUACGGCGAGAACUACUUGGUCAACCUUGUGAAUCAAAAAGGAAGAGAAGAGCGUGUCAAAUCGGCAUAUGAACAACUAGUACGCACAUUGGUAUCUUCGUCGACAGAAAACACCGAGACUGACGCAAAAUCCCCCGAAAAGGUGCACGUUCUGGAAUCCGACCAGAGACAGAAUGAGCUGGACCGAUUGCAUUACGUGUACUUCGACUUCCACAACGAAACCAAGGGUCUCAAAUGGCACCGCGCGGAGCUGUUGAUGGAUCGACUAUUAGAUGGACUGACGCGCGGUGGCUAUUUCCGUGGCGUGGAGGACCCGGUAUUCCCGGAUGGCCAACUGGACAUCCGAUCCUCGCAAGCCAGCGUCGUUCGGACAAAUUGCAUGGACUGUUUGGAUAGAACCAAUGUGGUGCAAAGCAUGCUUGGUCGGUGGGCUCUAACGCGGCAACUGACCGAUGCCGGAGUACUUCGCGCUGGAGAAGCGGCCAACGACGAUAAGGAAUUCGAGGACAUAUUCCGCAACAUCUGGGCCGACAACGCCGACGUUGUCUCCAAGUCUUAUUCUGGAACCGGGGCGUUGAAGACUGAUUUCACUCGUACGGGCGAGCGUACUCGUGCGGGUAUGCUACAGGAUUUGAACAACUCCAUCACCCGAUACAUCCGAAACAAUUUUAUGGAUGGUCCCAGGCAAGACGGUUUCGAUGUCUUCCUCGGAACUUACCUUCCUCCGAAUUCCACCCUUGGAAACUUGCAGGUCUUUAUUGACCGGCGUCCGCUCAUCAUCCAGUCUAUUCCAUACAUUCUGGCCGCGGGCGUAUUCUUUAUCAUGAUCUCCAUGUUGACUAGGCGGCUGCCCGACUCUGCGGUCUGGCCUCUACGUCUGUUCGUUAUCUUGUGGCUGGUUGUGUCUGCCUGGUGUGCGCGCUUCGUCCUUGUGCACGGCAUGCUUUACGUCAACUGGCCAAAAUUGAACACACCUACGGCUGGUUCCGAAGGUUACCAAGAUGCCCUUCUCAAGGCCCGAACCGACCCUGUCGUUGGCCAGUUUCUUCCCGCCAGAAGACACCAGAGAGGGUACAGCAACGCUCGCUUGGGCUUCCUGGAGGAAGGCAAAACGAGGAUUGAAUAAAGUUCUAUAAUUCUGCUCUGGCUGGGUCAUUUAUUUCAUCUCACUUCUUCCAGCCAACCGUCUGUAUUUGAAACAUACGGUUCUGGCAUGUUAUUUCUUCUUUUCUUUUUUCUGAAACAUACUGUCGCUAUUUAUUCUUCUUUUCUUUUUAACCACUCUAUCUAUAUUGCAUGCCCCUCUUCGUUUCUUUGCUUUUCAUAUAGUCGCCUCGAGCUUUAAUGUCAUUCCAUUUCACACGUGUACAGAAAUACUUGUCAAGUUUUCAAUGCAUGCUGAGCCAGGCCCUUAGCC